AUGCGUAUCACCUCCCUCCUCCUCAAAUCAUCUUCCUCGUCUUCAAGAUGGAUAGCCCGUCAAUCCCGCGACCCAUAUGUCAAAUCUCGUUCUGGUUCGGGCAACUCCUCUUCUGUUUCUCAGAAUCAACCAGCAUAUAGAUCCAGAUCAUCAUUCAAACUUUUAUCUCUCGCUACCAAACAUCCAUCUCUCUUAGGUCCAUCUACAGCUGGUGAUAAAAAGGUGAUCGUCGAUUUGGGUGCAGCUCCAGGAGGAUGGUCUCAGGUGGUAUCGCAUUUGACUAAAGGACGUGGUAAGGUAUUUGCAUUGGAUAUAUUGGAGAUAGAACCGAUCCCUGGUGUGGAGGUCAUAAAAGGAGAUUUCUUAAGUGAGGAAGUAAGAGAGGAAUUGAGGAUACGAACAAUUCGUUCAAAAUCCACUCGUCAAAAUCAGGAUGAAGAGCAAGACAAGGACAAAGUAGAUGAAGGAGACACGUUUACGACUACGCCUCAAGGAAUGGUAGAUUGCGUACUUAGCGAUAUGAUGGCCCCUAUGACCGGAAACAAGACGAGAGAUAUAAGUUUGAGUCUCCAACUCUGUGCGGCUGCUACGGUAUUUGCUAGGGAUGUACUGAAACAAGCACCGAAAGAUGAGGAAGUGAGGAAGGAGAAGGAGAAGGGGAAGGGGAAGGGGAAGAAAGUUUGGCCAGGUGGAAAUCUAGUCAUUAAAUUCUUUGCCCAUCCCGAUAUGGACGAGUUCCGCUCUUUGGAAUUGGACCCGUGGUUCGGCAAAGUAGUAGUGGAGAAACCAAAGGAAUCGAGAUCAGAGUCGAGUGAGGCAUACUGGGUCUGUUUGGGAUAUAAAGGUGAUCCUACAUUAUGA